CUCUUUACUUUAGAGUGCAUUCACCUCUUCCAUUGCUUCUCUUCUCUUUUCUGAAUUGCCAAGACUUUACCACAUUUCCAGUGCUCAGGAUCGAGGCUUUCUUCAGGGUCUUCAAAACAGGAUUAAUUCUAGCAUUCCGACUUCCCAAGGCUCUCGGCCGGCAUCCUGCUAUGGACAGCAAGCGACUUUCCAAGAGCAAGGCAACCGGCUGGUCCGACAUGCCACACGACAUUCUGUUGCGCAUUUUUGCCUUUGUAAGUAUAAUGGACAGAAUGCUGAACGUCUCCAGCGUCUGCAGCUCCUGGAGGAGGGCAUGCUCGGAUGCUGUUUUCUCCAGUACUUUGGACAUCUCUGAAUACAGAAAAUCCCAAGACUACCAGCAGCAAGGUUGGAGAUCUCAACUUGAGCUCAUCUUUCGGCGGGGCAUUCAUUUAGGUGGCCCUAAAUUGACCAAAUUGGUUUUUGAUAUCGAUUUUGAGGUCGAGGAUACACACCUGACUUAUGCAGCCGAGAGGUGCCCAAAUUUGCAAGAGCUGUUGCUGCAUAUUCCAGUCAGGACGACAGAGCAAGGCUUAGCAACCGCCUUCAGAUGUUGGACAAUGCUUGAACGUCUGUACAUUUCAUUUUUCGGUCGUCCUCACGUCAAUAUCUUCAGCAUUGUUGGUGAAAGAUGUCCACUCUUGACAGAGCUCAAAAUUUGCGGAUGCUUUUUCAAUAAUCGAAUUGCUGUGCUCAUAGGGAGGCAUAUGCCGGGGUUGAAGAAACUAAGUUUUCGAUGUGCUUUUGUCACUAGAGAUGGAGUGCAAUCACUACUAAACAUGAUGCAAGAUCUCGAUGAACUCUACAUUUGCGUUCGUAAGAUUGAAGUGCCCUUUUAUCGCCACACUGGUCCUGGUCCGGCAAUAAUGUGCGAACCAAGAUUCCUGCAGAACACUUCCAGACUUUCAGUUUAUCAUAUUUGCUAUACGGGAGAAUGCGGCACAUGUCCCGCCUCAACCAUGGCAACUCCACUGCCAAUUAACUUUUGAGCUUCCUUUUGUAGUUCUUGUCCGGCUCUGGUGCAUAUCGUUGUACAUUUUGAUUUUUCUAGACUCUUUCUGUUAAUUUUUGUGUGUGCUACAACCUUUUGGGAUUAUGCAGCC